GUGGAACUGCCGAAUCUUAAAAUUCUGCGGAUCGUCCACACUGGGCUGCAAGCUGCUCCUCUGCUGGACGAUCUCCAGACGUCCGACAUCAUGCACAUGGUGGAUUUGGACAACAAUAAAAUUAAAAGGAUUGGCAGACGGUGGAUCAAGCUGAAAGCCGAACAAAUGUUGCUCAAUUACAACGCACUGGAGGCGGUGGAAGCUGAGGCUUUCUGGGGAUCGCACAUCGCCACUCUGAGUCUCAAAGGUAACAGGGCCCUUUCACAUCUCGACAUGGACGCAUUCGUCGGUCUCAAUCAUCUCCGUCGCAUCGACCUGUCGGAGACGGCGGUGACCCAGCUGCCGACACGCGGACUCGAGGGCAUCGACGAGCUGCGCCUGCAGGACACCAGCAGCCUCAAGGUGUUCCCCUCCGUCUACAACUUCGAGAACAUCCGCGUAGCGCUGCUGACAUACCCUUACCAUUGCUGUGCAUUCCAGUUCCCUGGGACUCACGACCCUGCUGCUCAUCACAGACAUGAGAUAUUCAUGCAAGAGAUGAAGCAGAGGUGUUCGGACGAGGGACUGGAAGCGGUGUCUGUGCCGUCGACGCCGUCAGACAGGGAGCGGCGCUGGGCCGGCAACUGGUCCAGCAGCGCGGGGGCGGAGGACUCGCUGGGAGCAGGACAUCUAAUGAUGGUGACGGUGUCUCCGGUGCGCGCCGAGUGCGGCCGGCUGUCGCAGAACUACCGGCAGGUGGAGUGCCGGCCGCGGCCGGACGCGUUCAGCCCGUGCGAGGACCUGAUGGGCGGCUGGGCGCUGCGCGGCGCCGUCUGGCUGGUGGCGCUGGCGGCGCUCGCCGGCAACCUGGCCGUGCUGCUGGUGCUGGGCUGCGCGCGCCGCUCCGUGCCCGGCUUCCUGAUGGCGCAGCUGGCCGCCGCCGACCUCUGCAUGGGCCUCUACCUGCUGCUGCUCGCCGCGCAGGACGCGCGCUCCGUCGGCCGCUACUUCACCACCGCCGUCGCCUGGCAGACAGGUGCGGGCUGCCAGGCGGCUGGGGUGCUGACGGUGUUCGCGUCGGAGCUGUCCGUGUUCACGCUGACGGUGAUCACGUGCGAGCGCUGGUACACCAUCACGUACGCCAUCCACCUGAACCGCCGGCUGAAGCUGCGGACCGCCGCCAAGAUCAUGGCCGCCGGCUGGUGCUACGCCGUCUGCAUGGCCGUGCUGCCACUGCUCGGCGUCAGCAGCUACUCCAAGACCAGCCUGUGCCUGCCGCUGGAGUCGCGGACGGCGGUGGACAGCGCCUACCUGCUGUCGCUGCUGACGUUCAGCGUGCUGGCGUUCUGCGCGGUGAGCGCGUGCUACGCGCGCAUGUACUGCGUGGUGCGCGGCGACGGCCAGGGCGCCGUGGCGCGCUCCGACGCCACCGUCGCCAAGCGCAUGGCGCUGCUCGUCUUCACCGACUUCGCCUGCUGGGCGCCCAUCGCCUUCUUCGGCCUCACCGCGCUCGCCGGCCAGCCGCUCAUCGACGUCCCGCGCACCAAGGUGCUGCUGGUGUGCUUCUACCCACUGAACGCGUGCGCCAAUCCUGUGCUGUAUGCGCUGCUGUCACGGCAGUACCGGCGCGACCUGCUGCUGCUGCUCAGCCGGCACGGCCUGUGCGCGCAGCGGGCCGCCCGCUACAAGGGCGCCGCCGCUCCCACGCUCACCUCGGACGGCCCGGGCAAGGGUCUGUACGUCCAGCACCACCGUCACAACCAGCACUACCCCAACCACCUGCGGCUCGAGCUGCGAUCGCCACCAAACAGGCGCUCCACCAGCGUCGACCAGCAGGCUGGAGAGAGCGCCAGCUCCUAUCUGUAG